CCUAAAAAGCAUAUUCUUUGGGGUCAACAAGCGUUGGAGCAACACAAGUUGAUAUUCGGCAAAAAUAAACCAAUUUUACCUGUUAUGCCGGCAGAGGGCAGCAAGGUUGAAUUUGAAGCGUGGGUAAAGACGCAACGGUUACCGUUCGUCAUCUACGCCGAUUUUGAGGCCUUACUGGAGAAAACAGACGAUCGUAUGGGUGCAUACACCAGGACUGUGCACACCCACCAUCCCAUGAGCUAUGGGUUCAUGGUGAAAACAUCGGACGAUGUACCCUCCGAGCUCCUCGAACGCUACGGUAUACCACAAUCACCGGUUAUAUACCGUGGGUCUGAGGAUCGCGAAGAGGUCGCUAAGGCAUUUGUGAUGGCUGUAACUAAAGUGACGCGCAAAAUUUCUAAAUUGUUGCGCAAAACCAACGUUCCUAUCCGAAUGUCUGCCGAUGAUGUGCGCAGGCACGGGGAGAAAGUGGUAUGCGAGGAUUCCAACCCUAAAGUCACAGACCACUACCAUUUAUCGGGGCCAUUCAGACAGACGUUGUGCAAUGCAUGUAACCUAAAAGGGAAGACGGUCAACUUUGUGCCGUGCUCCUUGCACAAUCUAUCAGAUUACGACGCGCAUUUCAUCGUCACUGAAUUAGGGUACGACGAUCAAAGGAUUUCGGUCAUACCGAAUUCCGAGAAGAAGUAUAUUUCAGUCACGAAAUACGUGACCAAUUACUUUUCCAUACGGUUCGUCGACACCUUCCGGUUCAUGGCUUCCUCCCUGUCCACCUUGGCCGGAAACCUAAUGACUCCUGAUUUCGUUAAAUUUCGGGAGACGGACAAAGUGUUCCGCCCGGAAGACAUGCCGUUGGUGACGCGUAAGGGCGUAUACCCCUACGAGUACACUGAUAGUUGGAUUAAAUUAGACGAAACGGAACUACCGCCUCAAGACGCUUUCUAUAGUCAGUUAAGUGAGUCGAAUAUCGAUGAUGAUGACUAUAGACAUGCCACGGAGGUGUGGAACCGUUUCGGCUGCUCAACCCUCGGUGAGUACAGCGACCUAUACCUUAAGAUCGACGUGUUGUUGUUAGCUGAUGUGUUUGAGAACUUCCGCGACAUCUGUAUUUCAACAUACAAUUUGGACCCGGCGCACUAUUACACCGCGCCUGGUUUUAGCUUCGAUUGUAUGUUGAAAUACACCAGGAUGAAGCUGGAGCUCUUGAACGACUACGACAUGCUACUGAUGGUGGAACAGGGCAUUCAUAAUGGGUUAGUGCAGGCUGUCAAGCACUAUGCAAAGGCCAUCAAUCCUAAGACACCCGAUUACGAUCCGUCAAAACCAGACUCAUGGAUCGUGUAUCAAGACUGCAAUAACCUUUACGGGUGGGCUAUGAGUCAGCCCAUGCCGUACGGUGGCUUCCGGUGGUAUAAAGGAGCAGACCCUCUGGCUGACCUCCAAUCGUUGUCGGACACUGGUAAUACGGGGCGUAUAUAUGAAGUGGACGUAUCGUAUCCACAAGAGCUGCAUGACGAGCACAACGACUUGCCGUUCUUGCCNCGCAACGAUGUACCACCGGGUUCCAAAGAGACCAAACUCAUGGCCACUUUGAAACCAAAACAGCGGUACGUCGUACACUAUGUCAACUUAAAACAGGCAAUCGCACUUGGACUGCAAGUCGAUAAAGGCACCGCGUUUUAGAGUUUCAACAAAGUGCUUGGUUGAAACCAUACAUUGAGUUGAACACUGAAAUGCGGAAAGAGGCGGCAAAUGCUUUU